GUUAGAUUCGAUUUUCGAUUGGUUAGGUCUUUCUGUUAUUGGUUUUCAUGUUGUACACGACAUAUCGAUUUCUGUAUCGGAUAGUUCAAAUUAAGCUGUGAUCAAAGUAGGCUACGUCUUUUUAGUUUUAAUGUAUAUCUCUGAUUGGCUUGAAAGUACACGUCAAUUGUGUCUAAAUUCCUAUAUAUUACAUUUCGAACAAAGUUUGUCGCAAUUUCGUGCUAUUCAAUUGACCCGAAACACAGCGCAGGGUCACAGCACUUGACAAAGACUCGUGGUCGGGACUCGAGGAGCCAUCGGAGGGUGACAUCGCCGCCUUUAUCGAGGAGGAGCUGAAUGCUUGUGGACACAGCAGCAGUUACACUCUACUUAUUGAAAAGGUAACAAACCGUAAGUACGAUGACAGCAAGAUGCGCUUCAACAUGGGCAUCAGUGGUGGCCACUGGCAUUAUCAAUGAGCCGCUGCGUUUGCCGUGCGCUAUACGCCCACCGGGACCGCCUCCAAAGAUGCUAAUGCGACAGCCGAACUCAAAGGGCAAGGGCAGGGCAAUGGCAUUGGGCAAAUCAGCCAUGGCGCCUACACUAGCAUCCAUUGCUGCAAGAUCAUCAAGACCCGCAACAAAACCUUCAGCUGCACCCUUUUCAGCAUCAUCCGCACGCUCAGCUGCAACCGCACCUGCGGGUGCACGCUUCAACAGACGUCCGACCGCCGCGGCACCAAAUCCCAGAAUGACGGCUCCAAAAAUGUCGCAGAAGGCCGCAUCAGCAGCCAUGUCAGCAGGAAAAGCUAUGCCCAAUUCGAAACAGGCAACGGGCAGCAGCUCAGCACUACAAUUCCGGUCAGCUGGACCAGGAGGACAAGGAGGACAAGGAGGACCAAGAGGACCAAGAGGAUCAAGAGGACAUGGAGGAUCAGGAGGACCAAAAGGACUAGCAGGUUCAAACGGGCCACUCAGAUCAGUCGCACCAGCCAGAGCAGCCGGAGCGGCAGGACCGGCAAAAUCAUCAGGACCGGCAAGAUCAUCGGGACCGGCAAGACAGUUUGGACGGUCUGGACCGUCAGGACCGGCAAGACCUUCAGGAUCUUCAGGACCUUCAGGACCGGCAAGAUCGACAAGACCGGCAGGAUCGGCAAGACCGGCAGUACCAGCAGUACCGGCAGUACCGUCAGGACUGGCAAAACCAUCAGGACCGGCGGUACCAUCAGGAACCGCAAGACCAUCAGGACCACCAGGACCGGCAACACCGCCAAAGCCGGCAGCACCGUCAGGACUGGCAGGAUCGACAGGAUCGCCAGCAGCGCCAGGACUGGCAAAACCAGCAGGACCGUCAGGACCGGUAGCACCGGUAGCACCGUCAGGACCGGCAGUACCGGCAGUACCGGCAGGAUCGGCAGUACCGGCAGGAUCGGCAGGACCAACAGGUCAAAUAGGGCCAGUCGCGCCAGUCAGCUCAGAAGCAUCUACAGAGACCGUCGGGUCAGAAGGACCAACAGGGCCAGUCGAGCCAGCCGCACCAGCCGGACCAGCAGGCGCAACAGAACCAGCAGAACCAACAUUAAGAACUGCCUAUUGCCAGCCGAACCGCGUGGCAGCUCCGGAUACGAACGCGGACGCGAACACGGACACGGACACGAACACGGGCACGUGCACGGCCACUCAAGAGUUUCGACGUGCGUUUCGCAAUAUGUGGCCGCGUCUGCCGGCACCGAAUUCCGACCAUCGCCAUCACAGCCGCUCGUCAAGCCAGAGCGGAAGCUUUCGGCGACGUCAUCAUCACGAAUUGCGCGCGCGUGCGAGCUGUCCGUAUGGCCAGGGGCCGGUGCAUCCACACGGCAGCAGGCCCAUGAUGAAGCCCAUGAUCAAUCUGGGUCAGCACGAGAAGCACAUGAUACCCAACUAUUAUACACCCAUGCACUUUGAACAGCAAAUGGGCCAGCAAUCGCAAGGACGUGGCCACUGGGAGCACCAUCAGUACCACUAUAGGCCCUCAAUGCCGGACAUACCCGAGGAGCCGCUGCUAAUGCCGUCUCAUGCCUAUGAAUUUCCCGAUCCAUUGUUUGAUGAUGAGACACUUGGUGCCUGUGACUCACCACGAUCUCGCGUCCGUUGUCAGGUGAUAUACUCCAAUUCUCUCUACGAGCUGGCUGAAUGGCAGCCUGUGUGCGAGUCCCGUCAGGUGUGGGAGCCGCUGGAUCUCAAUCAUCGCUAUCUAUCCGAUCCGAGUAAUCCCUUACCGCCAGCUCCACCUGGCUUCGAGCACAUCGCCACAGGUAAACGCACGUUGUCCAGCCGCUCGCGCCAUCUGCUGGGCGAGGAGAUAACAUAUGAGUUAGAUACAGGCUAUGAGACGCCCGUACCCAUGGAGAUGCCAGAGCGCGAGCUGCGCGAGCAACAGCAUUUCAUAGCUAAUCACGAUACCCAUUUGGCAAGUUGUCUGGCCCAGCUGCGUGUGACCAAUGGUGCAACCGGUGACGGUUACUAUGUGCGCCCGGUGCUUAAGCUGGUUCCCAAGGCAGUCAAGGUGGUGGAGCCACCCAAAUACCAGCCCGUAUUUCAACCCAAUGUCUCGUAUUGGGAUCUAUUGGGCCGCAAUCAAGACAAAGCAAAGAAUGAACUAAUAAUUAACAAUGAGCCGAUCCAAGGCGAUCAACCACACAACUACAAUUCGAUGCCACCAAUGAGCAACGAUCAGGACGUCUAUGCGGACCAACUGCUCUACAAGGCUGAUUCAUCAUCCUACGACAAUGUCGGCCAAAUGGUCAAUCCGGAACGUAUACAGUUUGGCACCGUCACAGCUGAAAUGUCCGGCUCGAUGGACGACUACACAUUGAUUAAUCAGAUCUAAGAUGUUCUUAUUCGGGGUAACUCUCCAUAAGUAU